AUGACCGCAUCCCCCCACCUCGACUACCUCCGCCAGUGCCUCUCCCUAGCAGAGAGGUCGCCUCCACGCCCAACCAACUUCCGCGUCGGCGCGAUCCUCAUCUCCCGCAAAGAUGGCGACCUCGAAUUCAAAGAUGAUUGCAUCCUCUCGACAGGCUACACAAUGGAGCUAGCCGGCAACACUCACGCCGAGCAAUGCUGUCUCUCCAACUACGCAGCCGUCCACUCCGUCCCCGAGGACAAAGUCGCAGAGGUCCUCCCCUCCGAACCCGGCCGGAAACUAGUCAUGUACGUGACGAUGGAACCAUGCGGGAAGCGACUGUCAGGGAAUGUGCCGUGUGUGCAGCGGAUCAUCAGCACGCGCGAGGGAGGGCGGCCGGGGAUCCAGAAGGUGUAUUUCGGGGUUAAGGAGCCUGGGACGUUUGUUGGGGAGUCGGAGGGGUGUAAGAUGAUGACUGCGGCGGGGAUUCAGUGGAGGGUUGUCAAUGGGCUGGAGAAGGAGAUUCUGACGGUGGCUACGGCAGGGCAUGAGAAUAAGGACGAGGAGAUCAAGGCUGCGUUGGACCAGGUAGAGACUAACUUGGACGAUGUCAGUGAUGAGGAAAGACAGAGACAGGCGCAGAUACCUCGAAAUCCUAAAAAGCGUUGA